AUGGAUAGUGCAAUUGAAGAAAUUACUACGAUGAUAGAGAAACUGUCCUGCACCAGUGGAGAUUUAACUGAUUAUGAGUGCCUGGUUGCUAUGGUCGUCAAUAUGAAGCCCUCCAACUUAAGGAAGGUCAUUCAUAAUUGUGACAUCAUGAGGUUAUUCAUGGGCAUGAACCUGCACGAAGCAAAAUUCAUGGAGCUAGCUUUGCGCCUUGCCAGCACAUUAUUUUCUGUUGUUCCCCUGGCUGAGCUGCUGGACAAACACCUCAGUGAGGUUCUUCAAGCCCUGAGCUCCGAUAAGGACGAGUUGGUGGAGUUUGUCCUUCAAAAGCUGAAAGACGGGGUCUGCGAACCAGAGUUCACUGUUUGCUCUAUACCCGAUGAACUUUUGCAAAAUGCGGUCAGGUUGCUUGUGCAUGAAAACUUGGCCGUGUACAAAGCUACCACCAAAUUCCUUGUUGAAGUCGUUGCAAGAGACCCGGUUGCAUUUGACAAUCUUUUUGGAUCCAAAAUGGCAAGCUCCUUCAAAGAGCUCUGUACAAGCUCCUCUAACAAGCUACGGGUUGCAGAGAUGCUUGUUUCAGUUGCUGCUCAGAAUCCUGCCUACAUCUCUAAGUUAGAGUCUAGUGGUCUGUUAUGGUUAUUACCGGAAGGUUUGCUUGAUAAAGAUCCGCUAACGAAUUUGAACUUUGUUGAACUGGCCAAAUCACUGACAGUUCUACCGGAGGGCUAUUCCUGGCUCAAAUACCGUGGACUUUUAGAUCAGUUGUCUGUGCGGCUGUGUCAGCUCAAUGAAGACCCUUUUGGCCAUCUUCUUAUGCCGGGUUUUUCUGCUAUCUUUGAGUUCACCCCAUCUGUUAGAGAGCAUAUUGUUUUACUUGUACUUUCCACUGAUUUCUCUGAAGGAUACUUGGCAUUUUUCGGCUGUGUGGCACGAGAGCACCCUGUGGUUUGGAUUCCCGUGGAUAAGUGCAGCGCCCUGGUAUCUGUCCUGAGCAGUGCCAUUGAGAGUUCAGAUCAAAGAAUUUCACUUGCUGCGAUGGAAUCUGUGGGGCACAUUGCAGCAAGCACGGUAGGACGAAAACUACUUCGGACACAUCUCGCUCCCACAGGACGCUUAAAACUACUUCUUGUCAAGCUUGGACGAUUCGUGCAGAACUCAGAAACAUUCAUUCUCCUCCGUUCAGUUGACUGCGUAGCCGAUUUUUUAGCCCGGCCAUCAGUCCUCUUCGACACACUGGAAGCUGAGGAACAGGCCCAAAUAAGUUUGGAAUGGGCUGCGGUCAUUGGCCAGCCAGAGGAUUCAAACCAUGCGGGAAUCGAAAGUCGACGGUCGGCUAAAAUAUUGUUGAAACGGUUAACUACCUUGGCAACGAAUCCCUUUCCUGAUAUGCGCCUGGCGGCCUUAAGGACCAUUCGGUCGAUGGCAACACAACCAUGGGGGGUCCGCCUGUUUCUGGAUCAGCCAGGAUGCAUGGAAUAUCUCCUGAAUCGUAACACAGAGGUUGGCCUCUCUGAGGCGUCUCAGUUGAUGCAGACCAAAUACGACAUUGUCGAAAAUAUUUUGACAACAAUGGAUUUUUAUAAGACAUGUGAAGUACCCGAGUUCCAUGUUCAUUUGAGACCCGAUCAGCUUGCUUGCCUGAAGCUCUACGUCAAGGAAGGAGUUUGGGGUGCGCAAAAUGCACAAGCAACGAUCGCGAUGCAGUCAGGUUGACUGGUUAUGCUUCUGUCUAAUGGGAUAUUUUUAUACAUCCGGCUGUUCACCCCUUAUGUUCCAACAUCCUUCCCUCAUCUGAACUAAUUUAUGCAAUAUGGUUUUGCUGGUUGUAUGGGCACCGGUACACAACUCCAACAUUCAAAAAAAAAUGACAGAACACUACUGCUUGUUGGCUCCCUUAUGAUAUUUUGCUAACUCUUAGAGCAGAUCUUUUCAAAUUAGGUGGGAUUGGAUGGCGGUAGUAUUGGACACCAAUUGCUGCCGAUACUAGAAAAUAAGCGCCUCUUUCGAAUUGAUCUCGCGAU